UCCUUGUCCGCCCGCAGCGUCCCCGUUGUUCCUGUCGCGCUCGCAGCCCCUCGCCAUGAAGGUCGCCGCUGUCGCUUCUUCGCCGCUGCCCGCAGGCGCCGGUGGCCCGCUGAAGGCGGUGCGGCCCGGGGAGGCCGCCCGCUGCGGGCCGGUCCCAGGAGUGUCCCCGGUGGCGGCGGAGCAGGCGGCGGCCGCGCUGCUGUACGAUAUGAAGGGCUGCUACUCGCGGCUACGGGCGCUGGUGCCGACGCUGCCGCGGCACCGGCGGGUCUCCAAGGUGGAGCUGCUGCAGCAUGUUAUCGACUACAUCUGGGACCUGCAGCUGGAGCUGCAGUGCGGUCCCCCCCGCCCCGCCGCUGCUGGGGACUCCCCCGAGGCUCCGUGCAUUCCCGCUGCCGAUCGGAUCCUCUGCCGCUGAGACCGCUCUGGACCCUCCACGGACAUCAUCCCUGGGAUCCCGGUCCCGCCACGAACGUCGUCCCCGGGACCCCGUCCCUGAGCACCGCGGCUCACCUGCAUCCCCGGCUCCCCGGCGGGGCCGCCCUGGGGCCCCCCGCAGCCUGGGCAGGGGGUGCUGUGGGCCGGAUCCUUCCUUCUCAGAUUGCUGAGAGCAUUCCCCGUAUUGUAUAUUACAAUGAUGCUGGAGAAUAUUGUUUUACAAUAGCUGGAGUUUUGUUAUUAAACAAGCCCUGAUGACCA